CGUGCAGACAACCGACACCAGCGCCGCUAUGGGGAGCUCCGACGAGGAUGAGCGCAAGAAACGCAGUAUUAACGAGAUGUUCGGCGACGAAGACUCGGACGACUCUGGGGACGAGCAGAUCCCUCGCCCCACCACGACAACUACAGCCGACGCCUCGGGCUUGUUCGGCUCGGACUCGGAGAGUGACGACGAAGAGAAGUCUGCUAAACGUCCGUCGUCUCCACCCACUAAACGCGUCAAGAAGGAGGAGAAACGUCGCGAGGAAGGGGACGACUAUGACUCUGGAGACGAGGCCGUAGCCACCAAAGAUGACGACGAUUUCAUCGACCGAGACGACGAUCUAGCGGACGUGCUGGGCGAAUACGCCCAAGACCGUCAACAGUUCGAAGACGAGCGGCCAUUGGGCGAUCAGGAGCCCACACAGGAGCAGAAGGACGAUUUCUUCGAUCAAACGCUCAAGUCGCUCAAGACUGGGCGCUCUCGCUCCAAACUCAACUUGUCGCCGCAGGAGAUGGAGCAGGUCACGCAAGAAGUGCUCUAUCGGAUGGACAAGGCCUACGCGGACGACCUGGCCAGCAUCGCGGAGCGUCGACCAGCUCUCGAGAAGAUCAAGCUCGUGGACAACGCGCUGCAUAUUCUACGCAAGCUGCAGUUCCAGCCAAUGUUGCUGGAUUUUGACUUGCUCACGAUUGUGAAGAAAUGGAUCCAACCGCUGGACGACGGGACGUUGCCGAAUGUCGGACUGCGCACCAAGAUGUUAGAGAUGGUCAGCAAGAUGCCAGUGUUUAAGGAACAUUUGAAGCGUAGUGGACUUGGCAAAGUGGUUAUGGUGUUGAUGAAACACCCGCAAGAGACGCCGGAGAACAAGGAGCUGUGUCGCAGUUUGGUGGAGCGUUGGAGUCGCGCGGUGUUCAACAAGACGCUGGACUUCUCCAAGCUGGCGGAACUGGAAGCCGAGAAGGCGGAGAACGAGAUUUAUCGUCGUCGAGAGCGCGCACGCAGACAGAAGAAGUCAAAGAUCAAAGCGCGAGCGACCGAGCGCGGCGGCAACGUGUUCAACGGCCGCACAGCUGAUGCGGACGUCAAGCCGGACGUCUCAGAGCGUGCCGAGCUGCCAGAUCAGCUGCACAUCGACUACUUGCUGCGUCCUCAGUCUAAGAUCGACAUGAACGCUGUGCAAGCCAAGAAGGCGGACCCGGACUCUCGCAAGGCGCGACUGGCCAAGCGGAUGCAGGAGAUCGCGAGGCCAGGAAGGAAGACCAAGCGCGCUACCGGCGUCAGCAUCGAAGGCAGAUAAACAGCCAAUCGCCAGUCAGGGCAGACAGGAGUUCGACUUGUGUAACUUGAUUUUUCCCUCUUGUAGUUGAUUUCUCUGCAUUUUGCAUACAUUUCCUUCACGUUUGUGCGACGAUGCUAAUAAAACACCUUUUUUUUUAAACUUAAAAA